UACAGCAUUGAUAUCGCACGCAGAUUGAGGAAUUUUGUUCUUGAUAUAUUUCCAACUGACCCAAGGCAACUUGCUAACUUUUCAUCUAUAACUGGUCAAGUGUGUUAUAAUCAGACAGCACCCCUCGAUCCAGGAACAUUUAACUUUACAUGCCCUGUCCCUAUUGUGGGUAGAUACGUUCGCCUAAUUAUGAGAGCUGGAUACCAGAACUUCUUGCACAUCUGUGAAAUGGAAGUGCUAGUCAGUAGACCCAGCUCCAAUUUGGAAGAAAACUAUUUCAGCAGACAAGUAGGCACUGCACUAUCUGAUGCACCAAUCAUGACAAUGACUGCCAGUGACCCGCUCUACUGUCUCCAAGAAUGCUUAAUUCGUAGGUACACUAUCUUCUGUACUGCCUUCAACUGGGUCACUUCUACAGGGUCAUGUCAACUGUUUAGUGUUAAUAUCUUUCUGAACUGGACCGAUAGACUUGUAUUUACACCGGAGACGUAUUUUUUUAUUCAGAACAAUGCUACUCUGUAAGACACUUGUGUAUAAUUGUUUUGAUUGUGCACUAUUUAAUCCAUAAUAUACCAAGAGGGGACACGCCGGGGCCCCGUAAGGUUGAUUUUUCUUGAUCAUUAUCUAACUAUAAUAUUUAUAUUUAGUUUACUCUAGAAUUGUGUAUGUGUAACCUAAAAUCGUGUGCUAAUAAAUAUAUAAUUAUAGUUAAAAGACAAAAAAGAGCUUUGGGUCUUGGUCGGACUUCCUUGGUAUGGUAUGUAGUAAAGUCUGAUUGCUGUUAAGUCUUUUCUUUACAUGAUCUGAACUCUGUUAUAUUUUGAAAACCUCUUUGAUUUUAUUUUUGUUCUACUGGCAUCAUUUGAAGAAGAUGAUUUCUGAUAAUGCUAUUUGAAGUUAUUAGCUAUGUUCUUUAAAUUUGUGUACUAAAAUUAAUUUCUUAAUUAUAAUAUUGCGUGGAGUGAUACUACUACCAUACUAACUACUAAAACAGAAGAAAAUUCCUAAAAAAUUGUUGAUGUGU